AUGUGGCGUAGCUAUGAGAACGCAUUGAAACUCCUUGAGACGCGAAGACGGAAAGUUCGACCAAAAACCCCUGCGACACCCUCCACAACACAAGAAUCUGUAACCCCCAGCGGUGUCCCAACUGUGAAGGGGAUACCUAGUCUAGUCGGCAUGAAGGAAUGGUUACAAGCGCUGGGCCACUCUGAAAGCGAUGUAGACAAUUUGAAUAUAAUUCAUAUUACCGGGACGAAGGGAAAGGGAAGUACUUGCGCUUUCACCCGGUCCUUCCUUCGCACGCAUGCGUUGAGAACAGGAUUCCCAACACGGAUCGGGCUAUACACCUCUCCUGAUUUGCAAUGCAUUCGAGAGAGAAUACAGAUCGAUGACAAACCAAUAACGGAAGAUCUCUUUACACAAUACUUCUUUGAAGUUUGGGAAGCCCUUACACCGCUAGGCUCAGGAAGAUGCGCAGAAGCCUCGAGGCAACCCCGUUAUUUGCAGCUUCUAGCUUUGCUGGCUUUUCACACCUUCAUUAGGGAAAAUGUUGAUGCGGCGAUAUUCGAAACGCACCAUGGUGGAGAGUUUGAUGCCACGAACGUGAUACAGAGGCCUCUUGUGACUGCUAUCACGUCUCUGGGAUUGGACCACGUUGCACAACUAGGCCCUACGGUCGAGGAUAUAGCAUGGCAUAAAGCGGGCAUUUUCAAACCUGGGGCACCUGCAUUCACUGUCACACAAGAGGCUGGACCUAGUGAAGUCCUACGGAAGCGUGCGGCCGAAAAGAACACCGGAUUGACAUUCGUCUCUUCUUCCAACAUUCUACCCACCAACAGAAGGGUGUUGAGCGUUCCAGUGCAACGAUUGAAUUGCUCUUUGGCCCUCGAGUUGGCUACGAAGUUUCUGCAACUUAAAGGUCAUGCGUUGGACGCCGGCGACAUAUCUAAGGGCAUUGACAAUUUCUCGUGGAUUGGGAGAUUUGAGAUAAUAGAACAAGGAAGCUCACAGUGGUUUUUGGACGGUGCGCAUAAUGAACUGAGUCUUGAACAAGCCGCCGAGUGGUUUGCCAAGAACGUCCAUGCUGCACAUGCGCCACAACAUCGUCUUCUUAUCUUCAGUCACUUCUCCGAAGAGCGUGAUGGAAUGACUCUUCUGGAGACUUUAGCGCGUGCUCUUGUGAAGCAUGAUGCAAAACCUGAUCAUGUCAUCUUCACUACGUACCAAGAGAGGGACGAUGGAUAUACGAGAAUAGACAAAACACUCAAAGUGCCAGAAACACCCUUCCCUGACCUCUGCACAAUAUAUUCUUCCCUGUGGAAGAAAAUGCAUCCUGACACCGAAAUCUCAACGGAGCCCACUAUUCAGGGUGCCAUAAGGCUUGCAGAACAGAUAAGCAACCAGAAAGGCGGCAUACAAGCUUUCUUUACUGGUAGCUUACACUUGGUUGGAGGGGCGCUCAGCCUGUUGCGGCGUUAG